AUGGCAGAAGCUCCAAAUUUAUCUUUACAAGAAGAAACACAUUUAGAAGAGUAUUGUUUUCCUGAUUCUAAUGUCUCUUGUUUGAAAUCUUCUUACCAUGUGGCAACAAAAACGGUGUUAUAUUUUAUGUUGGUGGUUGCAAUGACCAUUACAAUUCUUGGAAACUCUGUGGUCAUCAUCUCCAUAGCUCAUUUCAAACAACUUCAUACACCAACAAACAUUUUGCUAAUGUCUCUGGCACUUGUGGAUCUGCUUGUGGGAAUCACAGUCAUGCCAUUUAGCAUGAUCAGGUCUGUGGACGGCUGCUGGUACUAUGGUGAAGAAUGGUGCUUUUUACACUCUAGUUUUGACAUGUGCCUCACUGGAGCAUCAAUUUUCCAUCUGAUUUCUAUUGCAAUUGAUCGAUAUCAAGCUGUGUGUUACCCACUUCAGUAUCCUACAAGAGUGACGAAACCUGUUGCAUGGUUUAUGGCAGUGAUGAGUUGGAUUGUAUCUAUUGUGUACUCUUACAGUCUCUUGUUUACAAAAUCAAAUGUAGAACAAUUAGAUGAAUACAUUACCUCCAUAAGUUGCCUGGGAUAUUGUGGCCUUUUGUUCAAUGCACUAUGGGCAGCAUUGGAUGCAUGUAUAUGCUUCUUCUUACCAUGCUCUGUUAUGUUUGGUCUGUAUUCACAAAUAUUUGUUAUUUCCAAGAAACAUGCAAGAAAAAUUGAGUGUGUGAAGCAGGGCAGAAAUGAUAUAAACAUAACCAAGUUUUCACAAAGAGUUAAACAUGAGAACAAAGCUGCAAAAACUCUCGGGAUUGUUGUAGGAGCCUUCAUUUUUUGCUGGAUGCCAUAUUUCUUUGCCUCUUUACUUGAUCCUUUUAUUAACUUUGCCACUCCUUUAGUACUUUAUGAUGUCUUUGUCUGGUUGGGUUACAUUAAUUCAACUGUAAACCCCGUCAUAUAUGGCCUUUUCUAUCCAUGGUUCAGGAAAACACUGUAUCUCAUUGCUACACUAAAAAUAUUUGGUUCUCAUUCUUCUGAUAUCAAACUGUAUGCAUCAUCAUAG